UGUGUGUUGGUGCAAUAUAUUUAUCCGUGGUUGGUAAUCGCGUAGAGCGGAAGGUGUAGUUUGCGAUUGGCAAAAAUUCCAUCUUUUCAUCAAUUUGCGUACCGGCCCAAGAGCGUUCGCUCCCGCAAGCAAAACAUCUGUGCCGCGCCGGAUUCAGUGCGUUUGUUGUCGAAAUCGUGCGGUGCCGCGGUAGUCAGCGAAAGCCGCAACGAAACCCCGUCGUGUACCAACCGGAGCAGCAGCGGAAAAGCCCCAGCACUGCAGAGAAAUGGCUGGAACAAUCUCGGACAUAAAAAAGCUAGACUACGAUAUCUACAAAUAUUCGAGCUACUCGUCGUCCUAUCUGCCGGAAAAUAUCAGGGAGGACAACCCUUCGAACCAAACUUCGCGCUGGUCGUCGAACACGAACACGCCGCCACAAUUCUUGAUUCUGAAACUGGAACGACCAGCGAUCGUGACGAAGAUCAAGUUUGGAAAGUACGAAAAAACGCAUGUCUGCAAUUUGCGCAAAUUCAAAAUACUCGGCGGGCUGGAGGAGGAACGCAUGGUACUGUUGUUCGAGGGCGGGCUGCGUAAUGAUUCGGUGCCGGAAAUAUUCAACCUAAAGCAUCGCACAAACUCCGGCGAACUGUUGCCGAUCAAGUUCAUACAGAUCGUGCCGCUACUGUCGUGGGGCCCAAGCUUUAACUUCUGCAUCUGGUACGUGGAGCUGUUGGGCAUCGAGGAUUCGAUGUUUAUUCUGUCGAACUUGCGGAAGUACAACAUGCUGCGGGAGGUGGAGAUCGUGCGGCUCUUCCUGAAGCAUUGCCGCCAGCAGGGGUACGCGAAUGCGUUCAGCGCGCUGCAGGAGGAGACGGGCGUCAAGCUGGAGGACGAAAGGAUGACGGAAUUGCACGAAAUGCUUGUAAAUAGAGGGGAUUUUAAGAAGACUGAAGAAAUGCUGAUGGAGUUCAUUGAAAAUGGCCUAAUGGAUAGCUACCUCGAGCGGCAGGAAUACAAAUCCCAGUGGAAUCUGCAGCUGACGCCGGAGAACGAACCAAAGCCCGGGCGGCGUGGUGGCCAUCAGCUGAUCAUUGAUCCCUUGACCAGCACGAUCUAUCUGUACGGUGGAUGGGACGGGAACGAGGAUCUGAGCGAUUUGUGGUCGUACGACGUGAAGGCAAACCGGUGGACGUUAAUCCACGAGCGGUCGGAGCUACUGGACGGACCGACACCGCGCGCCUGCCACAAAAUGGUGUACGAUACGCGAAAUUCGCAAAUUUUCAUGCUCGGCCGCUAUCUGGACGGUGCCUCACGCACGGAGGAGAACAUCAAUAGCGACUUUUACCUGUACAACACCAUCAGCAAGACGUGGUUUCUGAUCUGUAACGACACUAGCCAGGUCAGUGGGCCACAGUUAGUGUUCGACCAUCAAAUGUGUAUCGAUGUGGACAAGCAGACGAUCUACGUAUUUGGGGGUCGUAUCCUGGAACCGAGUUACAGAGUUUCUUUGUCGUUUAGAAAUGAGGAGGAAACGACGGGCCAGUACCGGUACUCGGGGCUGUUUUCGUACCACAUCAGCACCAACACCUGGACGCACAUACUCGUCGACUGUGAGCAUCCGACCGCGUCAAGCCCCUACGUGCAGAGCAUUCGAUCGCGGGUUACCCAUUCCAUGCUGUUCCAUCAUAAACAUCGCAAACUGUACAUUUUCGGCGGUCAGCGAGGAAAAGACUAUAUGACAGAUUUUCUAAUCUACGAUCUGAACACGAACGAGCUUUCCAACAUGACCCCGGAGAAUAACAAUACGGACACGAAGAAUGUUCCCCAGUCGGGUUUCACGCAGCGGGCGACGAUUGAUUGCGACAAGGAUGAGAUUUAUGUGUUAACGAGCCUGAGCAAGGAAAAGGAACGGCGCGAUCUGAACAUCAAUUCGUUCUGGUUGUUUUCGCUGACGAGGAAAGAGUGGUACUGCGUGUACAAGAGCGAACACUCGAACGGGGAAAACUGCUACCAGAAAAGCCAAACCACCUGCCACGAGCCGUGCCCCCGGUACGCACACCAGAUCGUGUACGACAGCAUUAACCAGAUGCAUUUCCUGUUCGGUGGCAACCCUGGCACGAACUCGAACGUUCGGUUGGACGAUUUUUGGGUGCUGCGGCUGGAGAAACCGAACCGUGGCAACAUACUGCGCUACUGUAAAUACCUGCUGCGAAAGCAAGAGUACGAGGAGAUCACGAAAAAUGAUCCCCUGUCGGCUAUUCUGUACCUGCAAACGAAGCUGUACGACAUCAUCGACCAUAGCGAUCCGGUGCAGCUGAAGGAAUUCCACAAGCUCGCCUCGCUGCUGUUCAAGUCCGACACGGUCGACGGCGAAACCGAACCGACGAGUUUGCUCACCUGUCCGCUUGGUGCUGCGACCGGCGCGAACGCACCGAUCGGUGGAAACAAGCACAAGCAGCAGCGGGCCGACGACGAUGGCCACAAGGAGGAGGAAAAUAUGGCAAAGGUGAUGCGCGUUGAAUCACCGAAAAGCAUCGAAGAAGCCGAUACUUCCAGCAUUAGUUCGAUGAGCAGCAGCGAUUGUUCGAACUCGCAAACACAGCCCCCCGCAGGGCAGGUAGGAGGACAACCCGGUACGGUACCGGCCACCGCGGACAAACCUGAAGAAGCAGUGUCUUCCGAGGCUGCCAUCACUGGGCCACAUAAAGCGGGCAGCAACGACAGCAGGGAGCUGUCCAACGCAGCAGCAACACCGUCAACCUCCCGCUCAACUGGCGGUGCCGGCAGUGGCUCGACACGCAAUCGAGUCGUAGAUCAACAGUUUGAGAUGAAGAUACGGCGAUGCUUGCUGUUUAACAAGCUGGUUGAUCUGAUGCCAGAAUCACUGUGUCAGCCGAAGAAAAAUAUUAGCGACUUUGUGCUGCUGUAGGAACGCUUUCAGCCCAGGCAUAGAUGCUGUGCUUGCCCCUUUGGGCAGGGGUUAGUGCACAUUGCCCCAACACAGCACCGCAGGCGUAUUGUAUGAUAUUUCGGGAGGACACUGCCAGUAUGUCUGCAUGCGUCACCAACAUUCUCCCGUCUUGAAUCGUUAAUACUGCUGUCGAUCGUCGUCAUGUGAUAUAAUAGUAGUCCUGCGGGUAACAAAAAACAAAAGGAGAAAGUUCGUGCCGAGCGUGAAAUUAUUAUUGUGUCAGGGGAAUGUUAAUUUGUUUCACAAAAUUCAGUUUUAGACAACCACCAUAACACGGGACAAAUAUUUGCGGGCUAAAGCACAAGGAGCAUGGAUUUUUAGUGUUUUUCAAAACAUAUUCGUACGCUUUAACGUGUUGUAUUUUUGUUUCUUUUUUGUGACCGGAUCAUUGUGUGUAAUUGUGGCCCAUCUUUAAAACUUUGCUCUACUCUCGAAAUGUGAAUGGAUGAGAUUUUUCUUUCAAAUGUUAAGCGCGCCUCUUUAUGCUAGAUUUUACAAUGCUUCUCGAAAAUCGAAGAUUUACUAUUGUGACGCGCAAUGAAAAAGUGAAUUGUUAUAACGUUUGUUUACUCCAUGAUUUUUUUUUUGUCUGAAUGUGUAAAAUAAAACUGACUUGAAAUACCGAAGGAAACGGAA